UGGGUGUAUUUACAUCGUAUUUUUCAAGAACUUUUAACUUUGAAAUCAAAUACAGCAGAGCCCAAUGUGAAUGAAAUGACAAGUUUGAGCAUAUUUUACUUAAGACCUGAUAAAUUUCCAUGUGAGAAUCCAGUGAGCUUCUGUCUAUGGUUAAUGUCUAAUGUAGUACCACUUUACCAGUUUAAUGUCACAGGACAACUCAGACCUGGAAUUUUAGUUCAGAGUAACUACUAUGAUGCCAAGGAGCUAGUGAACCAAGCUUUACAAAAUCAAAUUCAGCAAAGAGAUGAGCUUGCUCUUCGUGGAGUUUUAGUCUGUUGUCUGCGUCUUUCAUGCUAUUGGGAACCAAGUGUGGAAUUACUGAUACCUUUGACGGAUUUCUUCUUGAAAAGACUUGAUGACACAUUUGAAGACAGCAGACGUGGAAUUCAAAGCUUUUCCUUUGAACACAAAACUGGGAUGUCUUGGAUUGAACAAAUUAAGGAAAGGACAACUGAAUCUGAAAAUUGGAAUAUGAGUGCAACAAGCUUCCAACUAUAUUUGUGUUUGUUCAAACUACAAUUACAAAGAUCCAUGACGUUUGAGUCAGGAAAUGUUUGGAAACAGAUUAAAGGACGGGUUUAUAUGAAGUUUUACUCAAACAAACUACUAGGACUGACAGAAGUAGGAUUACAAAACUGUUUCUCUUUAUUUCUGACCUUGGCUUGUGCAGCAGACUUGGAUGAUGUGAGCAAAAAGAUUUGUGAUAUAACAGAUUUUCUUCAUGGAGAAAGAAUUACUCCGAAGAAGCGUGAGAUAGCGUGGCAGGCUUUAUUUGCUUUAGCUGUUUUAUGUCAAGAACAUUCUUGUGACGUGAGUGUUGUCUCAUCAAAGCUAUCCAAGUAUUUUUCUGAUACUUGUCGAGAAUAUCAGCAGUCUCAAGAUGUGACACAUCAGCGAAAGUUGAUGAGUUUGUUAAUAUCUUACCAAGAUGGUCUUCAAGAAGUCUUUUCUCAUAGCUCAUUUUUAGGCAACUCUGAGUACUUGCUAUUGGGCUCAGGAUUGGGUCAAAUAUUGGUGAAGUGUUCCUCAUCAGAACAAGGCCACAUUUUAACCAUUAUUGGAGACAUCAUUACUCAAUUAAGGAAUGCUCACAGGCAUGUGAAACAAGGUACAGAUUUUCUUGACAUUCAUGGAUUGAAUGUGAAAAAACAGCAUCAGACUCUGGCUUCUUCCUUGUAUGAAGAAAUAUUGCCAUCUGUCCGAACACUGUCAGCUUCUCAGACUCCUCUCCCUCAGUUGGCAGAUAUUGCAGCAGGCCUCACAUUUCUCAUGUUAGAACUACCUGCUAGUUCAAAUGAUAAAGUGAAAGAAGGUUUUUCUGAUGUGUUUUAUCAAUUCAGCAUUAGUGGGAAAACCAGUCCAGUAUUUUGUUCACGCUACCUAAGUCACUUGUUGUAUCAACCAGAAAUUUUAGACCAUCUUGAAAAAGACAUCCCUACUUAUCAAAGUGAUCUUAUUAGGACAUGGCUUCGUUGUGGUAUUCUUAUAGUACCUCCUGAUAGCCAAGUUCAAAAGCUAUCAAGUAUCAUUCUGAAAUUACCAGAGGUAUCAUGGAUCAUGCCUACACAACAGUCAGAUCUCACCAGCAACCAUGACUAUCUCAUAAUUCGAUUCUUUCGCUCUCUCUCAGACCAAUUUAAUAAGGUUGAGACUCUUCAGGAGAAAUUUUUGUUAAGACAGAAGAUAAAUUAUCUUCUGUCAGAUUUUAUAGCAUCUUUGAAUUCUGUACCUAAAGUUAGUGGAUCUCAAGAAGCAGUUUCCCAUAUUUACAGCUUAGCAGGACAUUUAUUUUGCUACUGUGCACCCAUAUUGUAUGUCAAAUCAAAACCAGACUGUUUGCUUCCAGUUGUGAUUGACACACUCAUCUUGCCUCGUGUUUUGUACUCUAAGGGUACAACAUUGCCAUCAACAAUCAUGGCUGCUGUGAAGGAAAAUCUACCUUUGUUUAUUCAUGGGUUAUAUCAGUUAGGAAUUUCUUCAGACCCUUAUAUACAACGAAAACUACGAGAGCUUGUCAUCCAGUACCUGCCAAAAUUUUCAUUGAAAACUUCAGCAACAUUUUCAGUGACUCGUCAUCCCCUUCUGACAGGAAUAUUAGAGACUUGUGAAAACCAAAGUUCUCAAGAUUUUGUAACUUUCAUUGUAGAAGUAAUUAGGGAUAACUUUUUGUCAAAAAAAGGAGCAUCAAUUCCAGAUCAUUUACAACAGGCUGUAGUGUUUCUGAUGGAGCUUUUUACCAGAGCAGAAGAUUUCAUAAAAAUCAGGAUUGUUACCUUAGUGUUUGGGUCAGUUUUGGAUCUCCUGUUGAAUUGUGAGAACUCAUCCAUUUUGCCCCAUCUAAAGGACUUUGUGAAAGUUGUGCUGUCUACUGGUCAUAAACCACUACAAACCUGUAACUAUCAUUCUGAAAUUUUAGAAGUGACAAAACAUUUUGUGAGGCAUCAUCUACCAUGGGCAUCAGGAAAAGCCUUCAAAGUUCUUGAAUUCCUGUUGAACCUUUCACCUACUUUAAUAACAAACAUAGUGUCAGUUUUAACAAAGACAGUGGAAGAGAUUGAAGAAAAACGAGGAGUUGGGCAAGAUAAUUUACUACGACAGAGAAUUCACCACCUCUUUUCUAAAUUACAAGAAAGUAGUUCCUCUUUAAAGAAGUUGGUGUGAAUGUGAAAGAUAAGUAGGAAAUUGUUUUUUUUCACUGUUUCAUUAUACUGUGAACAUUGUUAGUGGUAUAAUAUGAUAAUUAAAAUUGUAUAUGUAGAUAUUUUAAUAAAAAACAUUUCUCUA